AUGGUAGAAGUCAAGCAAUACCAGCUCCCUCCCACCGCUCUGAUCCCGAACUCUCCACAACCUCUCCUUCAUUAUCCCAGAUUUCUGUCCGUCGAAUCCGGCAAUGACGCCGCGACGAAGAUUUACGAUCUUUUCUCCAGCAACGGAUGGCAGACGCAAUGGAUCUUCCGGUACGGUCAGACUCAGACCUCUCACUACCACAGCAUGGCUCAUGAGUGCAUGGUGGUUCUAACUGGCACCGCCACCAUCCGCUUUGGCGUGGCAGAUACCGACCCGGACCUUGAGAAGAGCACGUUCGGGUCUGGCAGAGAGGAGGGAGGCAUCGAAGUGGCAGCUGGACCGGGCGAUGUGUUUAUCCUGCCUGCCGGAACUGCGCACAAGACGUUCAACACGAACCCGCUGACGGAGUUCAAGCUGUUGACGCCGGGCGAUGGGCACUCAGUUGCAGCCGAAGAUGUCAGAGAUGCUCUUGCCAAUAUCGAGCUCUCGGGCUUCACAAUGAUCGGUGCUUAUCCCAAGGGCGGAGGGGAAUGGGACUUCGCCAAAGGGGGAGAGAAUGCUGGUGGUUAUGAGCAAGUCUGGUCAGUGCCAAAACCGGAGAGGGAUCCUGUGCUGGGCGAGUCAGAGGAAGGCCUUUGCGGACGGUGGAGGUAG